AAAAUAAAUAAAUAAAAUAAUUAGUUAAGAGAAAAAAACUCGCAGCGUAAAAGGGUUUUGAUCUCACGGGAGUCUUCACAAUAAUUAAUUCUCUCUUGGCAGACCGGCAAUCUUUCUUCUACACGACCGUAAACGGCGGUGCUGUAUCUACCUUCCGUCCACCGUUCUGUAUCUUGUUGCGAGCGAAUCUAUCCACAACCCUAUUCUGAAUCCCUGUACAAAUGUUCAAGAACACAUUCCAGUCUGGUUUUCUAUCUAUUUUAUACAGCCUUGGGAGCAAGCCCUUGCAGAUAUGGGAUAAAGAAGUUGUUAAUGGUCAGGUGAAACGCACACAAGAUGAAGAUAUACAAUCAAAUAUUCUUGAAAUCGUGGGAACAAAUGUCCAGUCAACAUAUAUCACAUGCCCUGCUGAUCCAUCUGCUACACUUGGCAUAAAGCUGCCAUUUUUGGUUAUGAUUGUGAAAAAUGUGAAGAAAUAUUUCACAUUUGAGAUUCAGGUGUUGGAUGAUAAAAAUGUCAGGCGACGUUUUCGGGCUUCUAAUUUUCAAGGUAUGACUCGAGUGAAGCCAUUCAUAUGUACAAUGCCUUUACGAAUGGAUGAAGGAUGGAAUCAAAUUCAAUUGAAUUUAGCGGAUCUUACGCGUCGUGCAUACGGAACAAAUUAUGUUGAGACGCUUCGUGUUCAAGUUCAUGCCAACUGUCGCCUCCGAAGAAUUUAUUUUUCCGACCGCCUUUAUUCCGAGGAAGAACUCCCACCCGAAUUCAAACUUUACCUUCCCAUGCAGAAACAAUGAUUUCGCAUAACAGAAAGCCUCACUUUGCUGCUCAUUUCAACCUUUUGAAACUUCAGUUAAUUAUGAAAUGUUUUACUUUUUACUUUUUACUUUUUAUUGAUCGACUUUGAAGGAUUAAAAUUGGUUUUGUUAUUGUUGUGUUAUAAUACAGUAAUACUUGUAUUCUAUUCGAUGCAAUUGUUAAAGUGAUGUAAUGGCUCACAUUAUCUAUUUGAAAUUGACAGAUGUAUUAAUCUGAU